AUGACGCACGGGACUUAUUUGAAGAAAACUCCAGAAUUUUUCGAAUUUCACCGAGGUAAAGAGUGUACAGUCUGGAGUGUCAAAAGUCACAGAAGACAGGAGAAGGUGUAUACUUAUGACGAGGCUAUAGAGCUAGCAGGUAACGGAUGGUAUAUAAUUGGACUGGCAUUGGUAUUGUUACUGGCAUUUGUGAGCAUGUCUUUGGACAUGUUUGGGUUCUCUGUGGUAGUAAGCAGUGCCUGCGAUUUUGAGCUCACACACUUUCAGGAGAGCAUUUUGCUGUCAAUGCCAUUUCUAGGAUCUAUAUUUUUGGCAUACCCUUGGGGUUAUAUUUCGGACACACAAGGUCGACGGAAGGGAUUGCUUAUAUCUUUAUGGGGAAGCUACAUCCUGGCCACCCUCAGUGUCUUUUCUCCUCACUGGAUUGUCCUAGCUGCAUUGAAAUUCGGGAGUGCGAGUUUGUCGAGUGGAAUACAAUCUUUAAGUUUAACUUUGAUCGGAGAAUCCUGUUCUCCGAAAAUAAAAAGUGCGCUGUUAAUAGGAAUACCUUCUUCACUCUUUUUAACAUUCGGAGUUUAUAAUACUUUUGCCUAUUUUAUUUUGAGUCUCGAUUUCGCAUACGACCUCGGAUUCGUAAUCUUCAAGCCGUGGAGACUCUUGGGUUUAGUUUUAGCUUUGCCUCUCUCAGUAUCAGCUAUACUAUGCAGUUUCUUUUACGAGAGCCCAAAAUUUGUUCUAAAUGACGGACAUGAAAAAAAGGCUCUAAAUAUUCUUAGGAAAAUUAGUAAAAAAAAUGGCGUAAAACAAUACCCAGUAAAGAGAGUGGUUCUUCAGGAGACGACAACGCUGAGACGCAAGGACAUACCGUUUUUGCAGUCUUUAAUGGAGCAAACAUUUCCUCUGUUCAAGGCGCCUCUACUUUUCCGAACUUUACAUUUAUUUUUCAUCACCGCCAUCAUCUAUUCAAUCAACAAUGGCUUCUACUCGCGACUACCCUUGGUGUUGGAUACGUUUGAUGCAGGCCACGUCGACAACAGCACGACCGACAACCUGUGUGACAUGUUCAGCAAUUACAACAACUUAGAGAAAGAUGGAACGUGCAUAACCGCAGUCAAUGAGUUUACCAUAUGGGCAAGUCUGAUCCAAGGACUUUUAUAUUGUUUCAUGAACGUUAUCGUCGCAAUGCUUUUUUUCAAGAAAAAACUAAUUUUGAUUACGAUGCUCUUCGUUUCCUCCCUGUCGAGUGUUUUAAUUCCACUGCUCCCGGGAAGAAUACUAAGCAUUUCUCUUUUUAAUGGGUUACUGAUGAACUCUCUAAGCAUGACAAUCGUUUUCUCCUACUACGUCGAAAUGUUUCCGACAUCGUAUCGUGGCAUGGCGGCAUGUCUAGGAGUGAUGGUAGCUCGGUUAAGCGCGCUAGCUGGCACAAAUCUUAUCGGCACGUACAUUAUGGUACAUUGUGACUAUACCAUGUAUUUGUGUGGAAUAUUGAGUUUAGGUGGGGUCGUCAUAUCAUUUUUCUUGCCACCGGACAAGCCGAAGAUAUCGAGUUGUUGACAUUUUUACUUAAUCGUAAUAUAUGUACGAAAUGUUUUGUAUGAAAUAGACUAACGUAGGUAAUAUGAAUCCAUAGGAUAAUGAAUAAAUAAGUCUAAAUGUUU